AUGCCAUCAACUUCUGAUGACGAGAUUGUCAUUGAAAAAACGCCCGCGUAUUUUACCAGCCAGUUAGCUCCGAAAAGAGUUUUUGAAUUGAAUCCGAAUAUGAAAUUAAUUCUUAUUGUACGACAUCCAACGUUCAGAACUAUUAGCGAUUUUACACAGGUGUACUACAAUAAAUUAGAACAAAACAAGACACUGCCUAUCCUUUCUUUGGAAGCGUUUAAGUUGGACGACAAGGGUCAAGAAACUAUCAAUAUGGGAUACAAACCGAUAACGAAUUCGCUUUACGAUCUACAUAUUGCAAACUGGCUGAAAUACUUCAGUCUCGACAAUUUCCAUUUUGUCAAUGGCGAUGUUUUCAGAGCAAAUCCGCUUAAUGAGUUGCGCAAAGUUGAAGGUUUUCUGAGUCUCGAGCGAAGCAUCUCGCCAAGUCAAUUAGUAUACGAUUACAAAAAGGGAUUCUUCUGUUUCAAGAAGACCACAAAAAUUAAAUGUCUUGGGGACAGCAAGGGAAGGAAACAUCGAGCAAUUAGCGACAAUGCCGUCGAAAAGUUGACGCAAUCAUUCCAGGAGCACAAUGAAAACUUUUUCCGUCUAAUUAAUCGCACCUUUUAUUGGGUCUAA